GUGAUUAUCCACUCUGGGAGUAUAAAAGGCUUGCACGGAAUGCCUUAGGUUAGGUACAUUUUCCAAACCUGACUUAACACUCCUACCAUCUUCUUACCUACACUACUUACUCUUCCGUCACUAUGCCAACAGGUAGCUGUCUAUGCGGAGAAAUUAAAAUCGCCUACGAAGGUGAUCCAGUAUAUCGGGCAAUAUGCUAUUGUCAUGAUUGCCGUAAAAUGGCAAACGGUCAGGUUUUCCAGGUGUUGAAAACGAGCUUCUCGGUAACUAAGGGCGAGCCAAAGACGUAUACGAAGGUGUCGGAUCACGGAAAUGAAAUUACAACUUAUUUUUGCGCAACAUGUGGCACAGCUCUGUUUCGAAGCGGCGGGGCAGAGAUGAACAAAGAUAAAAUAGGUAUUCGCGCUGGUGUGUUGGAUGACCAAAGCAUUCUGGAUAACCCCCCUGCUCUUGAGGUCUAUGUUGAGAGACGACCACCGUGGAUAAAGCAGGUCGAGGGUGCUGUCCAACUGAAUCACAAAUACGAGGUUGUUUCUCAAUAAGGGUUAUGAAUCGUG